AUGUCUUCUUCAACAGCAACAUCGAACAGUGCAAACAAGGCGAUUUUCACUGAUGCUGAAACCGACGCUUUUCAAGGACUCGAUAUUUCUCGUCUCUCAACCGAAGAUGUCAUAGCGCGCUCACGUCUGCUAGAUAAUGAAGUGAAGAUUAUGAAAAAUGAUAUUGUCCGAAUUUCACAUGAAAGUCAAUCGAUGCGUGAUAGAAUUAAAGACAACAAAGAAAAAAUCAAAGUGAACAAAACAUUACCAUAUCUCGUCUCGAAUGUUAUCGAAUUAUUUGAUCUCGAUCCGCAAGGCGAAGAAGAUGAAGGAGCUAACAUCGAUCUUGACGCGCAACGUAAAGGAAAAUGUGCGGUGAUCAAAACAUCUACGCGACAAACAUACUUCUUACCUGUUAUUGGAUUAGUCGAACCAGAAGAAAUGAAGCCAGCAGAUUUAGUUGGUGUCAAUAAAGAUUCUUAUUUGGUAUUAGAAAAAUUACCUGUUGAAUAUGACUCUCGUGUCAAAGCUAUGGAAGUCGAUGAGAGACCUACAGAACAAUACGGCGACAUCGGUGGUUUAGAUAAACAAAUUCAAGAAUUGAUCGAAGCUGUUGUUUUACCUAUGACGCAUAAAGAUCGCUUUUUAUCACUUGGCAUUCAGCCACCUAAAGGUGUUCUCCUUUAUGGACCACCGGGCACUGGUAAAACUCUUUUAGCACGUGCGUGCGCUGCACAAACCAAAUCAGCAUUUUUAAAAUUGGCUGGCCCUCAACUUGUACAAAUGUUUAUUGGUGAUGGAGCUAAACUAGUACGUGAUGCAUUCGCCUUGGCGAAAGAAAAAGCACCGGCAAUUAUAUUCAUCGAUGAAUUGGAUGCUAUUGGAACUAAACGAUUCGAUAGUGAAAAGGCAGGAGAUCGAGAAGUACAACGGACUAUGUUAGAAUUACUCAAUCAAUUAGAUGGUUUUCAACCAAAUCAUGAUAUCAAAGUAAUUGCUGCAACCAAUCGUGUGGACAUCCUGGAUCCUGCGUUGCUACGUUCUGGACGGCUUGAUCGUAAAAUUGAAUUUCCACAUCCAAAUGAAACGGCACGAGCACGAAUCAUGCAAAUUCACAGUCGUAAAAUGAAUACGAACAAAGACGUCAAUUUCGAAGAACUAGCUCGUUGUACAGACGACUUCAACGGUGCACAAUGUAAAGCUGUUUGUGUCGAAGCUGGUAUGAUUGCUUUACGUCGAGGUGCCGUCGAAGUACAACACGAAGAUUUUAUGGAUGCUAUACUCGAAGUUCAAGCGAAGAAGAAAAUGAAUUUGAAUUAUUAUGCUUGA